UGGCCAAUAUUCUGUGGCUUGGUGUUCUGUUCUGUAAAUUAGCAUUAGCAUAAUACUUAAGACCAAAAACGGCAACUGUGGAUACAUUGGAUACGUUGGCCUCUUCACUUUGACCUGCCCGCGGCGCUGGCGAGAUUAAUCACACCGUGUAGCAGGGGAAUUGCCGAAAUGGGCGGCUGUGCUGGGCGCGAGGAGAGGUCCGGGGGUGCGACUGUAAUCCAUCAACCAUCCUGACCAGAACUUGGCUGAUUGCUGUUCAUGUUGAUGGGUAUAUAAUCGGCGUGCUCCCAGCUGCUGUCAGUCAGUGGCGAGUGCAAGCUCAGAGCCAACAAGUGCCCAGCCCCAGUCGAUACUCAUAUACCGUCCAGUCAUCCUAUCAAGGAGCACAACUUCUUCAGUUCCUUUAGCCCACAAUGCACUGUCUGCCACAAUUGAUACUGGCGCUGGCGCUAUGCGCGCUGCUGUCGCCGCCAGAGGCAUUCGCCCAGCGCUAUGGCUCCAACUAUCGCUUGGGUCUGCGUUCCGUGGGCCGUGGCGAGCAUGUCUUGCCCGAGGGUCGGUUCACCUCGUCGAUUGUGAACAAGUUUAGCACACUGAAGGGCACCACCACCACAACAACCGCGGAGCCAUCCACCACCCUUACACCCACCCCAACAACCACGCCCACCACAACAGGCACCACAGAUACCACUUCGCCAACCAGCGACACGACGGCAACCUCACCAUCAGCAACGACGACAACGGGUCGUGCCUUUGGCGAUGAGGCCGAUCCGCAGGUCGAUGAUGAGGAGGAGCCGGCCUUCAAUGCAAAUGCACGCGCCUACAAUGACGACGUCGAUGACGACGAGGAGGACGAAAGCAGCGCCGCAGGCGACGACGACGACGACAAUGACGAUAACGAUGAUGAGGAUGAGGACGGCGAUUACUUUGUGCUGGCCGCCGGCGCUGGAGCUGGUGCCGGUGUCGCUGCUGCUGGCAAGCCAGCGCCAGCAGCCAUCAGCGCCGGAAUGCCAGGCUAUGUGCGUCGCCCAUCGGAGCAGCAGUGGCGCCAGUUCCAGCUGGAGCAGCGCAAUCGCCGGCGCAUGAAUCGCCUGCAGCGCGAGCACAACCAGCGCAUCCGUGAGCUAGUGCGUCGCCAGCGCAUCUCGCAGCGCCGCAACAGUCAGCGCCUCCAACGCAUCCAGCAGCAGAAUCGCAGACGCGCCGCCAAGCGCAAUCGCCGGAACAAGAACCGCUCCAAGUCGCAGCGCCAGCGCCGUCGCCGCAACAAUGUGGAGCGUCGCCGCCGCCAGAAGGCCCAGCGCCAGCGUCGCCGCCAGCGCCUCAGCCAGCGCCGUCGUCUGCGCCAGCUGCUCCGUCGUCGCCGUGGUCGCGGCCGCAGCGUGAGACGCGUCGUGGUUGCCUAAACCGUACCGGCUGCAGGAUAUGGCACACAUCUGAUCGAAUCCAUGUAACGAGCAAACGCAAUGGCCGCUAAAAAGGCCCCAAAAUAAAUUGAAUUUUUCAACAAAGA